CACAGAACAUCACAGCGGUUUCAAAGAAAUGGACCUAUGAAUAUCAACCACUACGCAAAUAAGAAGAGCGCUGCAGAGAGCAUGUUGGACAUUGCCUUGCUGAUGGCUAAUGCAUCCCAGCUUAAAGCUGUGAUAGAGCAAGGACCUUCUUUUUCCUUCUACAUCCCGCUUAUUGUUCUUAUCAGCCUGUCACUCACACUGCAAGUUAUGGUGGGAGUACUCCUGAUAUUCCUCGUAAAAUAUGACCUUAACAACCCUGCAAAGCAUGAAAAGCUGAAUUUCCUCAACAACCUUGCAACUGGACUAGUAUUCAUUAUAGUAGUUGUGAAUAUUUUUAUCACUGCCUUUGGAGUGCAGAAGCCAGUUGCUGAAUCAGCAUCAAGACAGUAA